AGCACGCAAGCUGACAGCCUUUGUCACAUUAAACAGUCAGCAGUCAAACAUUAAUUCAUCUUUAAGUGGAAUCUUUAUUUUAUUUUUCUGUUGCCAUCUAUUCAUGAAGCUGAAGGAUUAAUAUAAUGAAAUCAAUAUUGCAAAUGGUUCUCUUUUUGGCCUUAUUAGAUGAACUGAGAAGUUUCAACAUUGACCUCAAUAGAAAAUGGAUUAUACCAGGAAAAAAGGAAGCAUUUUUUGGGCACAAAGUUGUUCAGUACUCAAAUAAAGAAGGCAAUGGGGUUUUGGUAACUGCUCCACUGACUAUCAGAAAUAAGCGACUAAUGCCAGAGAUCCACAAAUGCACUGUUCGGGAUAAAAAAUGCAACAUAGUUAACCUGGAAGUCCCUGAGAAGAAACGCAUGAGACCUGGCCUAUUUCUGACAAGGAAUCCAAGGGAUUAUGACCUCUUGGUUUGUCAGCAAUACAAGAGUUUUCGGUUUAAAAGCAGUGUCGAGGAAUUAAAUGGAAUUUGCUCUGUGCUGAAUUCUGAUUUAAGCAAAAGAUAUAAUUUCACUCCUGUUGAGCUUGUUGAAAAGACUCUUAAGGAAAUUAACAACAACAAUAACAACAACAAUAAGAACGAGAUGGAAAACAUCAUGGUAAAACCUGACAGUAUUUCCAUUAACAACAACAAUAACAACAACAACGUCAAUAACAGUCGCAGAAGAGAGCAGAAUAUUAUGGAAGAAAGACUGGAGGUUGUUUUUGUUCUCGAUGGUUCUGAUAGCAUCAAGUCUAAUGAAUUUGAAAUGGCCAAGAAUUUCAUAACUAAUGUAAUGACAAGACUUUCAGAGGCAAGUCCCGAUUGUGCUUUUGCAUUUGUGCAGCAUGGGUCUAAAAUCCAGACAGAGCUGAGUUUACAGGAAAGUCAGAACACACUCCAAGCCAUUGAAAGAGUCCGGAGUAUCUCUCAGCUGCAUGGACUGGCAAAGACAGCUUCUGCUAUAAAGCAGGCCAUAGAUAUCUUAACUGGAGAAAGUGGAUCCAGAGAGAAUGCUACAAAAACGAUGAUUGUUUUGAGUGAUGGAAUCAUCCCUGGGGAUCCUGUGAAUUUGUUACAUGUGGUUGACUCCCCUCAAAUGGCUGCCAUUCAACGAUUUUUUAUUGGGAUUGGAAAUGCUUUUAAGGGACAGACUGCUCUGACAGAGGCACAUCAGAUUGCGUCAGCGCCGAUUACGGACCACCUGUUUCUUGUUGAUAAAUAUGCAGAUCUUGAGCAAAUGGCAGCAUCAAUAGUAGAAAACCUACUGCAGAGAACAGACAAAGAGAGAUUGGAGGUUGCUUUUGUACUUGAUGGAUCUGGAAGCAUUGCAUCAGAAGAUUUUCAACAAGCAAAGGACUUCAUCACUAAAAUAAUGACAUCAUUAUGGAAAGAUGUUUCUAAAUGCUUAUUUGCAGUUGUGCAAUAUGGAGAUGAAAUAAAAACAGAAUUGUCCUUUAAUGAAAGUUAUAAGAAACAGCAAGCAUUAGAAAGAGUUCAAGGAAUCAUUCAGUUGGGUAAAGUGACAAAGACUGCAUCUGCUAUACAGCACACACUGAAUAUCUACAAACAGAAUGGAUUAGAGCGGCAUGCUAGGAAAAUAAUGAUUGUUCUGACAGAUGGUGAAAUAUUUUUGGACCCUCUGGAUUUGGCAACAGUAAUUAAUUCAACUGGCAUGGCAGAUAUUGAGAGCUUCGCCAUUGGGGUUGGAAUUCAUUUAAAUAGAAAUGCAGUGGCAGAACUUCAGCUGAUUGCUACCGACCCUGAUCAGGACCAUAUGUUUCUGGUGAAAGACUACACAGUUUUGGAAGGGCUGGUGAAAACAAUAAAGGGGAGAAUCCUUAUGACAAAAACAAAAGACACCCUGCUUUUUGACCUGAAUAAAAAUAACAACAACAAUGAAGACACAGAUGAUGAAGACCCUGAAAAAGCCACAGAAAUUGCAAUUGUACUUGACGGUUCAGGAAGCAUUGAGAAAGAAGACUUUGAAAAGGCCAAGACAUUUAUCUCCAACAUGACUCGAGAAUUUUGGCAGACGUGUACUAUGUGUGAGUUUGCUGUUGUACAGUAUGGUGAAGAAAUAAGAACAGAAUUUGACUUUCAAGAUAGCCGUAGAAGUACAGAAGUUGUUUGGGAAAAACUGAAGAAUAUAACUCAGCUGGGAAAAGUGACUAAGACAGCCUCGGCACUGAAGCAUGUCUUGGACAAUAUAUUUUCAGAAAAACAUGGCUCAAGGAAGGAUUCCACCAAGAUUAUAAUUGUGUUAACUGACGGAGAAAUUUUCCUGGAUCCACUUAAUUUAACAUAUGUGUUAAAUUUACCCAAAAUGGCUGAAGUUAAUGAUCGUUAUGCAAUAGGGGUUGGAAAGGAUUUUAAUAAACCAUCUGUAAUGGAACAACUAACACAAAUUGCUAAGUAUAAUGACAGUGAUCACGUUUUUCGUGUGGACAAUUAUGAAGGCUUAAACAGUCUGCUGUCAAAACUAGGAAAAAACAUAGUGGGUAUAGAAGGAACAAAGGGUUCUACUUUACAACUAGAAUUAGCACAAGCUGGAUUCAGUGCCAGUAUUCUGGAUGAUGGAGGUAUUCUAAUAGGUGCAGUGGGUGCCUUUGACUGGAAUGGUGGACUGAUACUACAGAAAUCAGACAGAGAAAUACACUUUCUAAAUGAUUCAAACAUCGAUGAAGAUAUAUCAAAAAAGUUUGGCUAUUUAGGUUACAGUGUGGCUUCUAUUCGAAGAAAUGAUGAAUACAAAUAUCUCUAUGUCUCUGGAGCACCCCGACACAGUGGCACAGGAAAGGUCCUGGUGUUCAGACAGGAUAAAUGGACAGUUGGAAGCUUGCCUGAUUUGAAUGGGGAGCAGGUUGGUUCCUAUUUUGGUGCAGAGCUUUGUGCUCUUGAUAUCAACAAGGACAAUGUGACUGACUUCCUCCUUGUAGGGGCACCCUUUUUCCAUAACAGAGGAGAGGAGGGCAAAGUUUAUGUGUAUCGUAUAACCAGUGAGGAUGUCUUCACGAAUGCAAUGGAACUAAAAGGAUUAUCAAAGUAUUAUUUUUCUCGAUUUGGAUUUGCCAUUUCUAACAUUGGUGACAUCAACAAGGAUGGUUACAAUGACAUUGCCAUUGGAGCACCUCUUGAAGAAGACUUGCCUGGAACUUCUGGAAGUAUUUACAUUUUUAAUGGUCAGAAAAAUGGCCUUAUGCAUACGUUUUCUCAGCAUAUAGCAGCAGCAGAUGUUGGACAAGGUCUGAUGUACUUUGGACAGUCCAUUGAUGGUGGUUUCGAUGUCACAUCUGAUGGUUUAGAUGAUAUUGCUGUAGGAGCAUAUGGAAAUCUGAUAGUAUUAAGGUCAAGACCUGUAAUUACAUUGAGAACUGUGGUAACAUUUUCUCCACCAGAAGUACCACUGUCUUUUCAGAUGGCUAAAGAAUCAUCAGAUAAUGUUAUCACUGCAAAAGUCUGCUUUAAAAUCGAGCCAGAAUUUAAAGAUCUUUUUCUGUCCUACAUUGAUUAUACCAUGGAACUGGAUGUGAGAGAAGAAAAUAAAAGAAUACAAUUUGCAAACAAUGAAAGACAAUUUUCUUUACGAUACAUUGAAAGUAAAUGCUGGAGCAACACAUUGUUCAUCUUGCCAUGCACAUCAGAUUGUUUCUCAGAUAUUAUAAUUGGAGUCAAGUAUUCCCUCCGAAAUUCAGAUGAAACUCGCGAUAAUCCAGCUCCUGUUCUAGACAAAUUCAGCACACUCUCCAACAACUUCUCUCUCCCAUUUGAAAAAGACUGUGGAACGGAUUCUGUUUGUGAAGCAGACUUAUUCUUGGAUGCAAGAUUGCCACAAAACAUGACUGUGAUCAUCGGCUUAACCAAAAGUUUUCCUAUGGACAUACAGCUGGAAAACAAAGGAGAAGAUGCAUACAUAACAACCAUGAUUUUCACUUAUCCACAAUUUAUGAUAUUCAAUCAGGUGUCAAAAACAGAGGUCAUCUCAUCCCCCAGUAUAAAAUGCACUGAUUCCAGAUCAGGAAACUUAUCAGAUUCUGAGCUAAUAUGCAAUAUUGGACACCCCGUAUUCAAAGCUAAAACACAACUGAACUUUACAGUUUCUUGGCAACUGGAUUCAAAAAAUGUGUAUCCUGAAGAUGCUGCAAACAUUAGUAUUGCAGUAAAUAGUACAAAUAAAAAUAAAGCUGGGCCAAUCAGUGAGCUUCGCUGCUUCCCGGUCCAACAUAUCCUUGAGGUAGAUCUGAAACAACCAUCUCCUUACUCAAUGAAUAUAAGCAAAGAAAAGUCAUAUAACUUAUCAAGCAGAUUUGAAAUUAAAGGAAGUAACCCCUUUGGUGCCAAAAUUGAUACAGUAAUUUCUAUUCCUGUCAGAGUUCAAGACAAGACGGUAUUGACAGUGAAAUCUGUAGAAGGCACACAGGGCAUUCUUCUUUAUGAAGAAUGCCCUUUGAGUCCAGUCACACAGACGUGA